ACUUCCCUCCUGGACGCUCGGGUCUGGCUUGCAAAAUUUUGGGGCCCAAAUUUUGGUGAUGAUGAUGCGCCGCUGCCGUACUGGAGUGAAGCUAUACAAAAUAUUCUUUCUUCGAGACAGCGCCGCUACCUGAUGUGUGUGUGUGUAUAUGUUUUGGAGCGCACGCCUUGAUGACGGCAGACAGACACGCCGGGAAAGACGCCUGGACUGCACCACAAAAUUCAAGGAUGUAUGGUCCAGUCCAGUCCGUCGGGUCGGCCCUGGAACGAACGCUUGGAGGAAGCCGCGAUGCUUUCAACCACACCGCCAGCCAGCCAGGGCAGGAACGACUAACAGCAGACAGACAGUCACGCCUUCCCCCUCUCCAAAGGAACUCGAACUCUCUGACGGCAGGCAGGCAGACGGCGCGGCAAGGGCGAGCGAGCAACGGCAACAGCAACGAGGCAAGCGCACGACCACUUUUCUGUCUUUCUGUCUCGUCGUUUGUCUUUCUGUCUGGCGAGGCAGGCAGACCGGGCAGAGAGGUUUGGGAAGAGACUGCAGCGCGCCAAGGAAUAGGGAUACAGAAACCACAAGUCCUCAGUCCCCUCCCCCUCCCCCCUACUUGCUAUGUAUGGGAUAGUCUUGUAAUUUUCGCAGAUCUGGGGAGCACGCCGUGCAUGCCCGCAUACACAAACGCGAGCAGGGAAUAUGGACGGGGGAGCGCAACCAGGCUGAGGCUUUCCUGCGGCACCGUCCCUGGACGGUGGGAGUGGCGUAGGAACCUCCUACUCUACCUACCCAGUCCUGUACUGUGCGAGGGCAGUCGGGACCAUCUUAGUGAAUCUGGCGCAGGGCCUGACCAAUUCCCACGCAGGGGGAGGGAGGGAGGGGUGCAGAACGGAGCAGAAGGCAUGUAUGUACCAAGGUACUAAGGAAUCUGAGAGAGUGUGCCAAAGCUCAAACGCACUCAAGCAGCCCAAAUCCAGCAAAAUCCGCUACGAAACUAGCUUCCACUGACAGCAGUCCCUUUUUCGACGCCAGACAAGAAACUUAAUUAGGUACCAAACCUAACUCGAAUUUGACUGAGCUACGAAUAUUCCGUGGGCGGAAGGGGAAGCGAGU